UACUCGUUGCUAGGCUGUAAUACUGGCAGAAGAAGUGUAGCUGAAACAUCGAAAAAUUCUUAUCGGAAAAUUGCAACGAAACAUUAUUUGGCGAAGCAGCGGAAUUGAAAUUGGACAAGCAGAACUACAGAUGAGUACGGGUAGUAUAGAAAAGUAGUAAGAGCAAAAGAAAUAGAAUGAAAAUUUGAAUUGUAACUGAUAGCUAAGUCAUUAUCUUUCUCAUUUUUCCUGACAUUAUUAAGAUGUUGAAAGUUUAUUUUGAUUGCUUGUAAGCAACACAGAAGAAGAAAAUUUGAGUGGUAAAAUUUUGUAUACGAGAGAGCUUUAUACUUUGAUAGCUGAGGUGAAUUGUUAAAGUAGUAUAAGCCUUGUGCACAAUUGCAAAAGCAAAAUCGACCUAAUAAGUUGCUGUAUGAUUUAAUUAAACUACUUUUAUGCGAAUAAGACAAAUUAUUUUAUAAGAUAUUUGGUGUAACUAUUUUUACAUUACUCUUGAUAACUUUUAAAUAAUUUGAAAUUGAAUUGUAACUGGUUGUGUAAAUUCCACGAUGGAAAGAAGCGAAAUUUUAAAAUUAAAUGUAAAUGAUUUGAAAGCCAAAUUAAUUGCGUUAGGGCUGCCGACUACAGGACGAAAGAUGACCUUACAAGACAGACUUUUUGAGCAUUAUGGCUUGACUGUUGAGGCUAACAAUGAUGUUGACGUUGACGAGGGCUUUUUCGUACGCCAUUUACUUUGCGCGAUAUUGCAGACUCAUUAACGUCUUUUAGCGGUUCGGGUUCUUUGUCGGUCGAGGAUUGGUUAGACGAAUUUAAUGAAAAUUCUGAGGCAGUUCAUUGGAAUACAUUGCAGAAAUUUAUAUAUGCUAAACAGCUGCUUAAGGGUGCAGCAAAACUUUUCAUGCGAAGUCAGCGAGGAAUUACUAGUUUUGAUAUGUUAGCGCAGGCAUUGAAAUCUGAGUUUGGUAUUACAGUGUCGUCCAUCGAGGUUCACCGUAUGCUACGAAAUCGUCGAAAGCGUAACAAUGAAGAUUAUAAAGAGUAUCUUUAUAGUCUCAUGGAGUUGGGUAAGGCAAUUAAACUUGACGAUAUGAGUUUAAUUGAAUGUUUCGUAGAGGGUAUUCCUGAUUCACGACAAAACAAAAUCAACCUUUAUCAGGCAAAAACCAUACCAGAGUUGAAAGAGCAAAUACGUGUGUAUGAGAAAGUGCGUUGUGGUCGCCAGCAAGUGACCAGCUCAAGCUUAAAUCAAACAACUCCCAAAUUAGUAACGACAGCUAAUCAGGACUCAGAGAAAGGAAAAGUUAAACGAUGCUUUAAGUGUGGUAAUGUUUCUCAUAUAGCAAAUGAUUGUAAUCAGGCACAGCCUAAAUGUUUAAAGGGUGGGCAACCAGGCCAUCGUGCGGCCGAUUGUCGAGAUAAACAAGCUUCAGUGAAAACCGAGAAAGGUAGUGUAAAUACAUUGGAAGAGGACCUAGUCCCAAAAGUUCGCGAAAUUGGUAGGUGCAUUUUCGAGGACUUGACAUGGAAGGGAGUAACCUUUUCGGCAUUAAUCGAUACCGGAUGUGACCUUUGUUUAAUACGUAACGACAUCUUGCUCAUGUUGGGAGAAGAUAUUGAAUUGAAUAACGAUAAGCGUCGGCUAAGAGGUAUUAGUGGUAGUAUCCUUGACAUUGUAGGUAGUUUUACCAUUCCAGUUCAUGUUGAUAAUUUGCAACUUGAAGUUACAUUCCACGCUGUGCGUGAACGUGAUAUGCAUUACUCAGCAAUAGUCGGUAAUAGUAUACUCAAAUAUGUAAACUUGAUUGUAUCGGAAGAUUUGGCGGAAUUCAAGGCAAAGACGGUUAAAGAUGAGGUAGAUAGUACAUCACAAAGCAUUACUACGUUAACAAAUUCUGAUUUACGCAAUAGGGAAUGAGUGGACGCAACGAAACAGCAAAAGGUUGAUGUUCAAAGAUUUGUGUUGUAUAGUGGAAAAAUGUGACGUUAGCGAGCCGGAAGUUGACUUGUCACAUUUGCAGGUAAACAAUGUGAAUAGGGUCAAAGAGUUGAUUACCCGUUAUAAGCCAAAAAAGACGGGGGAAUCUCCAAUAGAAAUGAAAAUUUUAUUGACGGAUGAUAUUCCAAUUUAUGAACGGCCUAGGCGCAUGUCAUACGCUGACAAAAAAGUCGUUGAUGUUCAGGUAGCCAAAUGGUUGGAAGAGGGGAUCGUUUAGCGUAGUUCGUCAGAAUAUGCAUCGGCUAUUGUGCUAGUGUCUAAAAAGGACGGUAGUAAGCGACUCUGUUGCGACUACAGGUGGUUAAAUACUAAGAUCGUACGAGAUAAUUUUCCGAUGCCCCUAUUAGACGAUGUUAUUGAAAGAUUACAGGGAGCUAAAAUUUUUACGACUAUGGAUUUAGCUAACGGGUUUUUCCAUGUUCCAGUUGAGAGGAGCUCAAGGAAAUAUACAGCUUUCGUCACACAUAACGAUCAGUUUGAAUUUUGUUAUGUUCCGUUUGGAAUCUCAAACUCGCCUGCUGUAUUUUCGCGUUUUGUAUUUGCUGUUUUAAGAGACAUGAUCCAGGAUGGAACAGUUGUGGGCUACAUGGAUGACCUCAUUAUUCCCGCUAAGGAUUUGAAUGAGGGCGUCCAAAAGCUGGAACGUUUUCUAAAUAGAGCGUCGGAGUACAACCUAAAAAUAAAGUGGAACAAGUGUAGGAUUCUCGUGCGUAGAGUCGACUUUUUAGGGUAUAUUUUAGAGAACGGUACCAUAGCACCGUCGGAAGCAAAACCUCAAGCCGUGGCGAAAUUUCUUAUGCCACACUAUAAGAAGCCGUUACAGCGCUUUCUCGGUUUAACAUUUUAUUUCCGAAGGUUUAUACAAGGUUACGCAAUGGUAGCGAAACCACUUACUGACCUUUUGAGGAAAGAUUCAAAAUUCGAAGUGGGGGACGAAGAGCUGACUGCCUUCCAGCAGUUAAAAAUGGCUCUGAUGAAAGCCCCUGUUUUAAAGCUGUACGACCCUAACGCAAUCACUGAAGUGCACGCGGAUGCCUGUAUUUACGGACACGGAGCUGUUUUAAUGCAGAAGGACACGGAUGAUCAGGAAUUUCAUCCUGUUCAAUUCAUGAGCCGUAGGUGUAAACCGGCUGAAGAAAGGUACCAUACUUACGAGCAUGAAGUUUUAGCGAUUGUAGAGGCUCUAAAAAGUGGCGAGUAUACCUAAUGGGUAUAAAAAUAAAGAUCGUGACCGAAUGUAACGCGUUUGCAUGUACAAUGCAGAAACAGGAUAUUCCGCUAAGAGUAUCUCGCUGGGCUAUGUUUCUGCAGGACUAUAACUAUGAGAUAGAACACCGCAGUGGGUCAAAAAUGAGACAUGUGGACGCACUAAGUAGGGUGUUCUGUCUUAUGUUAGAAGACUCCCUGAUACAUAGGUUGAAACAAGCUCAGCAAGCUUUUAUUUCAAGCAAGGAAUUCUCUUCAAAGAUCCUAUUAAGGAAUUUGUAGUCGUUCCAUCGUCUAUGUCGUCGAAAUAAUUACGAUGGCACACCGGCAGGCUCAUUUCUCAAUUAACAAAACUAAAGAUGCAGUUGAGAAAUCUUUCUAUAUUCCGCAGAUAACCGCUAAAGUCGCGAAUGUAGUUCGUAGUUGCGUGGAAUGUAUUGUGAGUGAAAAUAAGUCGGGGAAAAAAUAAGGAUUCCUUACACCGAUAGACAAGGCAGACAAACCUUUAGGGACCUACCAUAUCGAUCAUGUAGGUCCAAUGGAACAGACCGCUAAGUCAUAUAGUGACAUAUUUGUCGUGGUUGAUGGGUUUUCAAAGUUCGUCUGGCUCUAUCCGACUAGAAAUACGGCAGCAGAUAUUGUUAUAGACUGGCUUAGCCGACAGACUUCAGUGUUUGGAAAUCCGAAACGCAUUAUAUCCGACCGAGGUGCAGCGUUCACGUCAAGCUCUUUUAAGGAAUACUGCGAAAAAGAAGGGAUUGAACAUCUUGCCAUUGCCACUGGUGUACCCCGCGGGAAUGGCCAGGUGGAGCGCAUCCAUAGAAUUAUCAUUCCGAUGUUGUCUAAGCUUUGUUCAGAAGGUCCAGGUCAUUGGUAUAAACAUAUAGAGCGUAUUCAGCAGACAAUAAACAAUACUCCUACAAGGAGUACAAAGUUUACACCUUUCAAGUUAUUAACCGGAGUAAGUACAUAGGUUCUGACCCUAAAUUGAGCGAAUUAUUAGAAGAAGCAAAUACAAAAGAGUUAGACGAGGAACAUGAGAAUGUGCGUAAAGCAGCACAAUCAAAUAUUAGCAAAAUACAAGAGGAAAAUCGUAAAUCAUUCAAUAAAAACAGAAAGGAAAAGACGAAAUACCGGACAAACGAGUUAGUCGCCAUUAAGCGCACAUAAUUUGGUUCGGGAUUAAAAUUAAAGCGGAAAUUUCUAGGUCCAUAUAAAGUAAGCAAAGUUUUGGCACAUGGUAGGUAUGAGGUAGUGAAAGUAGGCGACCACGAAGGCCCCGGCCGUACAAUUUCUAUUGCGGAAUACAUGAAAAAAUGGGAGCCUUCGGUUCAACCUGAGUCAUCAUUCGAGCCGAAUGAGGCAUCAGGAGGGCCGAAUGUAGGACGGCAACACCGCAGUGGACGAAAGACUUAGAAUAUAUUUACUUAACAAUACAACCCUGACAAUGUUGAACGAACCUGACGAACGCGAGUUAUGUGUACACUAUCAUCCCAACCAGACACCACACAACAAAAUAUUAUAAAUUGGACAAAAUAAAAGAUUAAAGAAAAACAAGUAAACAUUACAAAAAAUAUAAGAUAACAAGUAGAGAUAAAGAACAUAAUGCAAAUGCAUACAAACAUGUUUUGGUCCUUAUGUUUGACUAUAAUGAUAACCCAAACAUUAUCGGGUAAACCCCACAGUCAUGUUUGUUUGCAUUCAAUAGAAAAUAAGAUUA